AUGACCUCCCGAGCCAACGACAGGCACCUUCCGGUACUUGCACCUGGCCCGCGAGGUCUUGUAAAACCUAAUCUACCAACGCGUCUCGCUCCGGGGCCACGGAAAAUCUCGGCGGCCUGUUUACCGUGCAAGCAGGCUAAAAGAAAAGUGAGUUAUCGAUCUACCGGAGGAGCUGAUUGUGUUUUCAAUCUGACCCUUGACCUUCGCCGCAAAGUUUCCCAGAGACGCACAAUCAAUGAACGGGACUAUUACCGCAAUGUACUAUCUUCUCUGCUGGACGAAAUUCGCUCGUCGGAGCCAGUCAGGAUCAACGAACUGGUCAACUUCAUACGCAGCGAUGCCUCGAUGGGCCGGAUCGCCACCGUCCUUGCAGAUACAACAAUCAGCCUCGAUGGUUUCAGUUCGAUAAGCCUAGACAACAAUCCGAGCGUGGAGAGUGCUCUUCAGAGUUUACUCCCACCGCCAGAUCCAUGCUCGACAAAUGCAUGCUUUCGAAUGACCCUCGAGAGUCUUGUUGACAUACCCUUGUUCCAAGUCCCCGCGAAACCUUGGACCAAUGUCACUGAUGAUGACAACCUUGUCUCCCAUCUGGUCUCUCUAUACUUUACAUGGGACCAUCCGUGCUGGCAGUUGAUGGAUCAGAAUGUCUUUCUGCUGCAUAUGAAGACGGGCAAUCUGGGGUCACAAUACUGCACACCAUUCCUGGUGAACAGUAUUUUGGCUAUGGCCAGUGUAUACUCUGACGCCCCAGACGUUUUUACCAUUCCUGGGGAUACGGACUCCUGCGGGUCGCACUUCUAUAUGGAAGCUGAAAGGCAUUGGAGGGCUGAAGAGGGAACUGUGGGCUUGGCCAACAUCCAGGGCUUGGCUAUCAUGUGUCGUGUGUUGAAAUGCCAGGGAAAGGACGGAGUUAGUUGGCUGAUGCUGAAACAAGCUGUACAGCUUGCACAAGAUUUUGAUAUGUUUCGAGCCCCAACAUUGCGUGUAAGUUGGGGGGAAAUGGACGCAGACAUGCAGCGUAUUCAUGCAACCACUGCCUGGGGGAUCUUCGUCCUGAAUUUGGACAUGUCUAUGGAACUGCACAAAGACGCGAAUCUCGAGGCCCCGGUCUGCCGGCCUUAUACGUCUGAUGACCUGAAUGACAAUAUCGCGUGGACCCCUUAUCCUCGCUCGAACCAAGUCGAAUACGCGGAGAAGCCAGGACUUCUCCGUUAUGUUGCGACAGAACUCGCCAAUCUGACGGAAAUCACUGCGGGUAUCCAGCAACUGUUCUUUAUGGAUGCUUGCCACAUGGAGAUCAAUGACCUCUGGAGAAAGACUAACCGAAUAUACUCGCGUCUCCAGCUAUGGCAUGAAAACAUGCCAGACGUUUUGGAGAUUGACGAUCGCCCUGUCCCGCAAGUACUGUUUCUUCAUCUCAAAUACCACCAGGAGAUAUUAAUAUUGUUCAAUGCCUUUGUGGGUUAUAAGGGCCUAGGCGGCCCGUCACAUCUAGCCUGGUUCGAACAAAGCAGACUAGCCAGCCUUCAAUCGGCCAAGGAUAUCUCCCAAUGCUUCAGCAUCCUGCGGCUAUCCUAUGGGUAUAAGCGGAUGCCCAGCCACAUGCUCGAGGCGGCGGCCACUAGUCUUCUUGUAGUGAUGAGCGACUUGACGAACGAGGAAUCCAGGAACGCGUUUUUUGAGCUUUGUCGGAUCGUAUUAGUGUUCAGCAAGCGAUUGAAACAGGCCAAACGCGUGAUCCCGAGUAUUCUCUCGAUUGCACAGCAGUCGGGAAUCAUCUUACCACCGGAAGCAGUGUUGAUUUUUGAAUCGGGAAUAUGA